CACAUAACCUUUUUCGUACACAAACAAGACGACAGCACCAAUUGUUAAUUUGUACAUUGAAUUGUUUCGAUAAUCCACAGAACAAAAAUGCACGGUCGUGUCAAAGUCCGCACAACAGCUGAACAGGAGGCAAUAAAAAAAGUGGAAAGAGCCAAGAAAGUUGGACAGUAUAAAGCUGCCAUCAAUUUAGUCAUUCAGAAGAGAAAAGAGAAAGUGUACGACGAUGAGCUCCUCUUGGUCACUGAGAAAAUGGCACUGCAAAAUCCGGAUAUCAAUUCGGUCUGGAAUAUCAGGAGAGAAGCUUUUGAACAUCAACAGUGGACCCAAGAAGAAUACGUAGAGCGUCUCAAAAAAGAGUUGACCCUAACUGAGAACUGCCUACGCGAAAAUCCAAAGUCCUACAGUGUGUGGCAUCACCGAUGCUGGAUAAUCGAUCAUCUACCAGAGCCAGAUUGGAAAACAGAGCUGUCACUCUGCGCUAAAUGUCUCAAUCUGGACGAACGAAAUUUCCACUGCUGGGAUUACAGACAACAUCUGGUGAAGAAAGCUGGGAUUUCCGAUGCAGAAGAGUUUGAAUUCUCCACAACAAAAAUUUACAACAAUUUUUCUAAUUAUUCUUCGUGGCACUAUCGAAGCAAAAUCCUCUCGAAAAUGUUUCCUGAUCCGUCCGGAGAGUUACCGAUUAUAGCUGACAAACAUAAAGAAGAAUUGGAUUUAGUUAUGAAUGCUACAUUCACUGAUCCCAACGACUCCAGCGCCUGGUUUUACCAACGUUGGCUCUUGGACUAUUCAAAACUCCAGCCAAACACCCUAUGGCGAGUGAAAAUAACUCCAAAUAGAGCUAUAAUCAUCUUCCAUGGGGAUACAUCCCUAAAAUCAACCGAUCUCACCUUAACCAAAGACACUAAUGAAGUAGACGUCACCUGGUUCUCCUACAACGACAAAAAAUUCUCAAAAAUCUGGACUGCAACAUUCCCCGAGCCACUAGACCUUUCUUGCUCAACUAUUUCCAUUAAAUACGAGAAUGAAGAGUACAAUCUUCUCAAGUCCGAUGACAUUUGGUUCUACAAAUCGUCCCAUUCACCGAUAGAUAAACAUAACAAGGCCCAGUUGAAGGAGCAGAUGGAGAACUACAAACAGUUGAAUGAAAUGGAGCCGAAUAAUAAAUGGGCCAUUCUCACUGGAAUUUUUCUCAUGAAGAAUUACGACCUUGUGGGGUAUCACGAGAAGAUUUUGGAGGAUCUGAGUGCCUUAAUUAAAAUCGACAAUCUCAGGGCUAAUUAUUAUACUGAUAUGAGAAGUAAAUGCAUCAUGGAUUACGAACUCCACAACCUCUGGAAAAACGAAAACGAUACAGGGAUAAAUUCCACAAUAGACUUAUCAAAUCGUGAACUGACGAUUCUCUACAACGAACAAUACUUCAGUCUCUUCGAAGAGGUGAACCUAGGGGCCAAUCAACUAGGUAAUUCACUGCAUCGACUGGGGGCUCUGCAGGAGUGCAAAAAAUUGUCAUUAUCGAGCAACAGUUUGAAGAGUCUCAAUGGUUUUCCGACCCUACGUAGCCUGGAGAUUCUAUCUUUACGGAAUAAUGAACUGACGAGUUCAGACGAAAUUUUGGAUUUAAUUGAGAAACAUAAACUCGUUAAACUCGACCUGAGGGACAAUCCGAUUUGGGAGAAUUCUGAUAUUAUUGCUAAAUUAUCGAAGAAUAAUCCAGAUAUCGAAUUUGUUACUGACUGAUAUUUUUUAUAAAGUGAAUGUAUACUGAUAAUUCAGCAUUAGUUCAUUUUUGCACAUGUUUAUUAAAGCUUUGAUUACAAUUCAUUGAAAGUAAAUGAACGAAAUUAAAAUGC